AGGAUUCUGCUCGUCUUCCUAAAACCCCAAAUUAAAUAUCCAAGAUUCUAUACCUUUUAUCUCAAAAUCUGUACGGAUAACCACAUAAUUUGUAGGAUUUAACCCAAGAAACCGUUGAUUGUUGUCUAAUAGACUGAACUAGCUUUUGGAUUUGCUGCGUAUGUUUAUCAACAGGUAUGUUUGUGUUUGAUCUUUCAUGUUUUUUGGGUAGGUUUAGGUUUUGAAAUUUGGAAGGUUUGUGUUUAUUGAUUUGGGAAUUAGGGUUCUUAGGGUUCUUACUGUGAUCUGUUUGAUCAUGUAGACGAAUGAUGCUAGCUAUUAGCUCUCGUUUAAUUCGAUGAUUUUGUGUUGUGAAAACAUUAAAUAUUGUUGAUUUUUGAUAUCUGGAUGGAACAUGACGCUGCAUUUGGAUUGAAAUUGGAGAUAACUUUGGGAGCACGGAAAGUCUUUCCGUUUUCAUGAAAUUUAGUUUUUGCUUUUUCUAGCAUUUAAAUAUGUGAUAAAUAGCAGAUUACUUGUCCACCAAGAAUGUUAAUUUGGCCUUUUCUUGUCCACUUGCUCUAUGGAGUCUAUAUACAGUAUUUGUUUCUUUUCUUUCUUCUGUAACUCUCUAGAACCCUAAUUUCUUACCCUCAUAGGUGAUAUUAAUUAAACCCCUUAAGAAGAGGAAUCGAUUGGUGAUCAUUUGUUCUCAUUUCCAGCCUCAAGCUUCUGAUUGAUCUUCUAUGAAUACUUUGAAAUCACAUUCUAGUGAUUGAUUUGGCAUUUCUGGGAAAUACAGAAAUGGGUCAACCUUCCAGCACAGCAAUGGAUUCCUCCAGGAAGAGGAAAUCACGAAGCAGGCGUGAAGGACCAAAGGGUGUAGCAGAAACUCUUGCAAAAUGGAAGGAGUUCAACAACAAGAUAGAUUCAUUGGAUGAGAAAGCAAAACCGACGCGAAAAGUCCCUGCAAAAGGGUCGAAGAAAGGUUGUAUGAAAGGUAAAGGAGGACCUGAAAACUCGAGGUGCAACUUUAGAGGUGUAAGACAGAGAACAUGGGGUAAAUGGGUGGCUGAGAUUCGGGAACCCAAUAGAGGCAGUCGUUUAUGGCUUGGUACGUUUGGGUCUGCUGUUGAAGCUGCCUUAGCUUAUGAUGAAGCUGCACGAGUUAUGUAUGGGCCUUGUGCACGCCUCAAUUUGCCGAGUUGUCGGUCAAUGAGUGAUUAUUCUCAGAUGGUGUCGAAUGCUUCAACUGCUGGUUCUAGUUGUGAUUCAACCACCACUUGUAGUCAUUCAGAGGGGGAGUCUAAACGUGAAACGGUCGCGUUGAAGGAUGAAGGUGAAUCGAAUAGCCCUUGUGAUCCAAAACAUGAAGAUGGACAGUUGAGUAUGGUUAAAGUCGAAGUUAAAGAGGAACCUAUGGAGGAGGAGGAGGAGGAGGAGGUUAGAGUUAAAGAAGAAGCAGAUAACCAUGUUGAUGAGAUGUUUGACAUGGAUGAGCUUCUUGAAAUGAUGGAGCAGAGAAGUCCUCAUACGAAGCAGGAAAGAGGAACGACUGCAUACGAGCAGGAUAAGCAGGAACAAGAUGGUGUUGGUUAUGGAUACGAGUGGUGUAUGGCAGAGGAUGGGUUCAGGGAACCGCCAUGGUUCGAGAAGGAGCCAGUGAGCCCUGCAGAUAAGCAGCAGCAGGAGGAAGAUGGUUAUGGGUUUGAUUUUUUGAUGCCAGGGCGGCCUGAAGAAUGUAACUUUACACUGGAAGAGUUGGGGUUGGAUUUGGGAGGUGAUUUGGGUGUGUAAGAUACUUAAACUUAACGUACGUCCAGUUUGUAUCCAGAAGAAAUUGGAAUGAUAAUGGUGGUGGGGUUCGUUUCUUGUUUCUUUCUGAAUUCUGACCUGAUAAUUUGGAAGCCCCUGUGUUGUUCUUGCAGGAACUUGUAUAUGGGUUUUCGUUUUCUUUUUCUUUUUCUUUUAAAGAAAGGAACUUUGUAUAGUUAAAACUGUUAAAAGAGUAUAUAACUAAGUAUCUAUAUCUAUAUUACCUUAUAGAGCAUAUUUGAUAAAUGCUUUAAAAGACUACUGUUUUUUUAUGCAUAAAGUCUUAAAAGUCUUAAUUACAAGUCAUAUGGUACGAUUUAACAAUGCUUCAUCUUUUACAACUUAUCCUUUUAAGUUUUAUGUUUCCCAUAUUUAGUUUUGGUUCUUAAUAUACGUUGCAUUUAUCUCCUUCAAAUUUUGAUCAUUUAUGUUUCCAAGAUUUUCAUUUUAUUAU